AUGCUGGUGGCGUCUGCUGUACCCAUUGAGCAGCACCAAACAGCUAUGAACGAGUCUCAGGAUGAGCCAAUUCUUUCCAUCCAUUCUAUUCCCCUCCAAAGUGGUUGGUGCGAGGCUCUUAAGCACCUGACGGCUGAAAUGGAGGAGGUGUUAGAGCAAAUAGACGCUCCUGCCACGGCCAAAGACGUGAUACAUGAGCAUCCCCACCGGCUGCAAAAGCCAAGCAGCGACUUGAAGGACGUGAAAGCGGAGGGCGAGGAGGAGGCGAAGGAUACUCAGACUCAAGAAGAGAGUGUGGCUUCUGUGCACCAUGACGCCUAUAUCGAGGAGUUGUGGGAGCCUAAAGAAGACGCAAAGAAGCACACGAAAAAGCAGGAGAAGAUCAAGGCCCAAGAGGACAAGACGCCGCAGGAGCAAGGCAAUCGUGAAUUUGUGAAAAAGAAAACCAAGGCUGCCAGUGAUCUUGACACACUCAGAGGAUGCAGACGCAGAAGGUGA